GCCGGAGCCUAGGCCAGACAUCACAUCCAUUAUUGCUUACAGCUGCAACAAGUUGUCUCUUCUGUUGUGUGAUUGAUUGAAUACAGCUAAAUUUCAGAAACGUUUUAGAAGUAAAGUCAAUGGAUCUUAACCCUGUUGUAAAAGAUUAUGAGAUCUCUGGAAACCUCUGGUAGUCGCAUCUCAGCCCACUUCUUAGGGCUUGUCUUCUUGGUGUACUAGUGGCCAAGAUCCUCACGACUCUGGUUAUACUAUAUACAUUAUAAGGAAGAAACAUGACUCAAAAUUGACUCCCAAGUCUAUUCAAAGCAGCAGCAUUGUCUGUUAAGGCAGAUGAUGAGCCCUUGGGACAACACCAUGUUGCUCAAAUGAUUGCAUUAUAAUCAAACACAAAUGAAUUAAUUCAUUUUCUCAAUCCCUUAAUUGAUGGCAACAUGGAUUAGGGUAUCCAGAGCACGAAUAUUCCCAUCAAUUCUCAUGCACAAAGCUAACAAAAGGAGAGGUUCAUGAAUAAGGUUGCAAUAACAUCCAUGCUCAUCUCGGGUUAGAUUUCCUGUCUCUUAAAACUGGUUUAUCUUAGUACAUUUCUAUGCGAAAGCUCUUUCAAGAAAGAUUUUGUGUUUGAUCAGUUAUGAGAUCACAAGUCCUCUUUGUCUUGCAUCAUUUGAGGACAUUGCACAACAAAGAGAAAAUCAACCGAGAAUUGAUAAUUGGAAGACAAAGAAGUGAAAUCAGAUCAGUUAAAUGACAUUGUUAUGAAACGUUAUGGACAUCCUACUGGAAGACCUAAGAUAGUAGCUGAUAUAUGCAACUCUUCAUGCUAUAUAGUGUUGGCAGUGAUAUGCACUGUGAUUUUCUAUUAUUGUUUCUUUUUCAAGAAAAGGGUUCCAUGAAUAAAGUGAUCUAGUUCAUCCCAUGGACAUCAAAUCUGCUCCUCAGAAAAUUGAAUGUACCAUUCUAAUUGAGUUGUAGGAAAGCUAUAGAGCCAGAGAAACAGGAAAAAUGAAGAACAAGGAUAGGAGAGGUAGUUAUUCCAUUAUGAAAGUUUUAAUAUUGUAUUGUGCAGUGCUUCUGCCUGGCCUCGUUUUCCAUGUAGAAACAAAGAAUACUAGAAAUGGCAUUAUGCCAUAUUCUGUUUCUUUCCAAGUUUUUCUUCUCUGUGCCAAUCAUAUGAUAAUAACCAACAAUCAGGCACAGUUUUUUAAUAAUUGAGAUGGAAAUUAUGUAUGAACGACAAACAUUUUCUUUUUGGAGAACAUAAACUUAUAGUUAUAAUGAUAAUUCUUUAGUCUGCAUAUCAUUAGGAUUGGAGUUAAUAUAUUGCUAGUCCUAGAGAACAUAUGUUGGGUGAAGCAUGGGUGAUGAGGUCACUACCAAUGGAAACAUUUUCAAGUUGGCCACUCCCUCCUACCUGGCCAACAUGCUAUAUUUCCACUUUGUCUCCCCAACAAAGCUCUAAUUAUUUUAAGCCAAUAAGAAAAUCAGAUAGGCAGACUAGAUGCUUAAGGGACUACAUGCAACUCACAAGGCUCCGACUGCCAUGAAUAUUGCAUAAAAAUUACUUUAUUAUCACAACUGCAUGUGCUUUUGAGGCGGCGUGCUGCAAAACAAGGUUCUUCCCGUGCAUGUAUAUAAAUAUGAGCAACUUUGCAUCGAUAUCAUACCUCGACCAGGGACCAAAGGUGAAAGAAGGAGACAGAAAAGCAAUGGCAAAAGAGAGUAUUGUUUCUGACAAAAUGAAGCUCCUCCUGGCACUGCUUGCACUUCAUUCCUGCUUUGCAGGAUUCCACAUUGUCUCCAGAGUUGCACUAAACAUUGGUGUCAGCAAAGUAGUUUACCCAGUUUACAGGAACAUCAUUGCCUUGCUUUUGUUGAGUCCAUUUGCUUAUUUCUUGGAAAAGAAGGAUAGACCACCCCUUACUUUUCCUUUGCUGGUUCAGUUCUUCCUUCUAGCAUUACUGGGAGUUACUGCAAACCAGGGAUUUUACCUUUUGGGUUUGUAUUAUGCAUCUCCAACGUUUGCUUCUGCAAUGCAAAACUCAGUUCCUGCAAUCACCUUUGUUAUGGCUUCUGCUCUAAGACUUGAGCAAAUCAACAUUGCAAAAAGAGAUGGAUCGGCAAAAGUGUUGGGAACUAUUGCAAGUGUAGGAGGUGCCAUUAUAAUUACUCUCUACAAAGGCCCCCUUCUAUUGCACCAAUCAAAUACAACACAAGGGCAUUCCACGGAAGAAGAUAUGUCCUCAAGGAACAUGCAGAACUGGACUUGGGGAUGUAUCUACCUACUUGGACAUUGCUUAUCAUGGGCUGGUUGGUUGGUUUUUCAGGCUCCUGUAUUGAAGAAGUAUCCAGCUAAACUCACACUCACUUCAUUUACAUGCUUCUUUGGAAUGAUCCAGUUCCUGGUUAUAGCAGCAUUUGUGGAAACAGACUUCCAUCACUGGAAAAUCCAAUCAAAAGAAGAGCUUUUCACUAUCCUAUAUGCUGGAGUUGUGGCAUCUGGUGUUGUGUUUUAUCUUCAGACAUGGUGUAUUCACAAAGGAGGCCCUGUCAUUGUAGCCAUCUUCCAGCCCUUGCAGACACUUCUAGUUGCUAUCAUGGCAUUCAUGAUUCUUGGUGACCAAUUAUACUCUGGAAGCGUGAUUGGUGCAGUUUUCAUUAUGCUAGGUCUUUAUUUAGUACCGUGGGGUAAAACUGAGGAGAAAAAUGUAGCCAAGGAUGAAGAUGCAGAUACAUUGAAGAAGCAUCUACUUAAUGAUCCUGAAAGUAGAGAUGUAGAAGAGGGUGCCGCUGAAUCAAAUACAGCUUGAUGUAUGUAUAGAUUGAUUUACAGAUCAGGGCAGUUCAGAUACAGGCAAAGACUCCAAGAUUAAUGGCAAAUUAACUAUGAGAGUCCUGCUGGUCAGAGAUAAGAGCAGCAUCUUAACAAGUAAUUAAUCUAAGAAGGUUCUUUUUUUCUUCCCUAAAUUUGCUAAAAUAUUGUCAACCUAGGUUGGCUAUAGCACGCAAAAAUGUACUGAUGAAAACCUAUUCAAUGGCUUUUAUAUUAUUGCAGUAUAAUUUGGUAGGUGAGCCAAAUAUGCUGGAGUCAUUGGAUGUAAGGCUUUAUAUGUUGCAAACUGCUUCUAAUUCAAUAAUUAUAUAUUCUGU